AUGCCUAAUUAUGCAAAGUUUCUCAAGGAACACAUCUCGGAUAAGAAGAAGUUGGAAGAGGCGAAGACGGCAGUCAUGAGUGCCGAGUGUUCCGCCAUCAUCAAGAACGAGAUUCCCCUUAAGUUGGAAGAUCCAGGGAGUGUUCUUAUUUCUUGUUCUUUUGGUGCUAUGUUGUCUAAGGCAUUGGCCGAUCUUGGGGCCACCAUUAACUUAGUGCCUUAUUCUGUUUACAAAAAGUUGUCGUUAGGUGCAUUGACCCCUACCCGCAUGAGUAUUAGGCUCGCGGAUAGAUCAUUCCAAUAUCCCAUGGGGAUAGCAGAAAAUUUGCAGAUCAAGGUGGGUCAUAUGAUUUUUCCGGUUGAUUUUGUUAUUCUCGAGAUGGAGGCGGAUGUUAAUGUCCCUCUAAUUCUUGGCCGACCAUUCCUCAUGACCGCGGAUGCUAUCAUCCGGGUUAAAGCUAAGGAGAUUUCCUUAGGCGUCGGUGAUGACCGGGUUAUUUUUAAUGUUGAUAGAGCUCUUAAGCACCCUUACUCAUGUUAUGAGUCUUGUUUCAGGAUUGAUGUUGUUGAAGAGGAAGAUGCUUUGGAAAAGGAGCUUAUGGAUUUCUUGGAUACGGAAGAAGGUGAAGCACUGCUAGCUUGUAGUUAA